AUGAUAGCUCAAGUAACGGAUGAGCUAGUUGAGGCAAUUCCACGGUCAGGUCUUGAGCCUGGUGCAGUUGAUGUCGUCCUUGAAUUCAUCGGUUACUCUGGUCGACCGCUUGCAGAUGAUUUACUCCCACAGAUCAAGCCAAUCAAGCUUGGAGGAGCUUAUGUUGAUUUUGAUGCGGUUGAAGAGUUUGUUGUUCUGCCUGAAACCCGUCACUCUCCUCAUGAUGAGAAGCCGGAAAUGGUGAGUCCACUUAUUGAAUCAUUAGUUUUGAGAUAUUCAAAGUCCAGUACAGUCCUGCUCCAGAAACAUAUCAUCUGA